UCGAUAAUUAUAUGAUUUUUAAAUUUAUUUUGUAUGGGAGGAGAUGCAAAACCAAAUUAAACAAAACUUGAAUACUCGUGUGCAUAAUUUCAUGGAUUAAUGCAAAUUACGAUAUUAUGUACAGAAAGAAAUGAGUUAAAUCGUAAAGGGACUUUUGAAAGAAACAUGGAUUCAACAAUGAUAUCUGGAGAUCACGCAAUUAAAACACGUUCUUUAACGUCUAUUUUCAAGAACAUCAGCCUUGUUUGAGAUAUAAAAAAUAUUUUUAAAAAUAAAGCAAUUCAAACUACUUCUCUAUUUUGCAUCAAAUAUAUACUAGUUCAAACGAAUGUCAAGUUUGUUACAAGAGCCGUUUUUCAAGCUAGAAGACAUAGAAAUCUCCUAUUACACUGCUUCUUUAUUCAAAAGAUUUGCUGAAAAUAUGUGGGAACAUUGUGCUUAACUUACUUUGACAAAGCAUUACAACAUGGACAAGAUAUUUCCUUGUUUAAUUAAGCGUGCGAGCUAGCGAUCAAGAUUCAAUAUCAGAGUGUCAUUGCCUAUGUAUGUAGGGAAAAUGUUGACGUUCUGUACUUUUUUAUGGAGAAUAGCGUUUCUAGUGGCUGUGAUGACAUACAUUGUAAUGUUCUAUAGAGGAAUGGGAUUUUGGACAAUGAGACACGAUGUCACGUUUGAAAAUUUGACAUCACAGCACCAUCUUAACAGGAGCAAAGAGAACUAUUUGAUACUUUAUUACAAUGUACCUGCGUUCAUAAGUAGAUAUAGAAAAUAUGCUAUGUCGUGUGACUUUAAAAAAUGCCCAUGGAAUAAUUGUGAAUUGACCUUUGAUAAGAAAUAUGCCAGAAAAGGUGACGCUGUUAUAUAUGACGGUAUUUUCAUUCCUAAAAAACUUGAAUUUAUUCGACCAAUCGGACAAGUUUGGAUAUUUGCUGCACACGAGUCACCGCAUUUGUACGGCAUGGGCGGCAACUCGUGGACAAAUUACACCUUCAACUGGACGAUGACGUAUAAUAAGAACAAUACUGACAUUCAUCUUCCUUACGGAGAACUACGGAAGCGUGCCGGGGACAAAUUGCGUGAUUAUGAAGCAAUAGCUCGUGGUAAAAAUAAGACAUCACUUAUAAUUGUAUCUAAUUGUAAAACGUCAUCGAGAAGACAAGAGUUUGUUAAGGAACUAAGUAAAUAUAUGGAUAUCGAUAUAUUGGGUAAAUGUGGCGGGAAACCGUGGGAUUGUGGGACACAUCGCGUUCAUGACGAAAACUGCUUUAAUAUCCUAAACUCAUAUAAAUUCUACUUAGCGUUUGAGAAUGCAUUUUGCAAUCAAUAUUUCUCGGAAAAGUUUUUCGAAAAUUUCAAUUAUGAUACAAUUAUGGUUACACGUGGCGGUCUACACGGUGAUGCCAAACGAUUAUUCCCGAGUGGAUCAUUUAUAUCAACAGACGACUUCCGGUCGGCAAAAGAUCUGGCACAAUAUCUCAAAGGUCUAUCGGUCUCUGACUACGCAAAGCUUUUAGAGAGAAAAGACCAAUUUAAUUCAAUUGGAUUUAAAGAAGUGUAUCAACAGGCAUUGUGUGACGUUUGUUACAGGAUGAACUUUCAGGACGAGUACAGUAAGGUCAUAAACGACAUGCAUGAGUGGGUACUUGACAAUAAGCCUUGUUUAAAUUUCAACGAAAUUAAAGAUUUAACUUAAGGUGUAAAUAAAUGUACAAUUUUAUAAUGUUGAUACAUAUGUAUGUAAUAAAGCUAAUAUGAAACAUAGGUAAAUAAUAUGAUAUACAUAUGUAAAUAAUAUGAUACAUAUGUGUAGUUCAUAUAAUGCAUAUGUAAAUUACU